AGUCAGUGUAUAUAUAUAUUGUGACAUGUGUGAUUCAGGAGCACACGAUAACCAGUGCCUCAAAUGCUAUUUUAGCCCGACCAAACAAUAGAGCACUUUUUUACAUCUUCGAACUGUUGGUCAGUUGAACGCGCGCUUCAAGACAUGUGACUGCGUGACGUCACUGAGUCCUACUGAGCUUGUGACCGCCAACGGAGGUUCUUCAGGAGCGAGUGAAAACCGAGUCGUGUCGGCUUCUCUCUCAGGCUGCUCUCCUCCACCAGACAACAUGGACUGCGGAAUCAUCACGUCCAAGACCGUCCUUCUCUUCCUCAGCUUGGUGUUUUGGGGAGCUGGAGCAGCGCUGGCCUAUGUCGGCUCCUAUGUCAUCAAGAGUUAUGGCACCUUUGAAACCUUCAUCCAGGACAAGUACGCCUUGAUCCCGGCGGCCAUCAUCAUCGGUGUCAGCGUGGUGAUGUUCAUCAUCGGCCUGGUGGGAUGCUGCGCCACGCUCAAAGAGUCCAAGCUCGGCCUGAGCUUCUUCUUCCUGAUCAUCAUGGUGAUAUUCGUGGCGGAGGUGGCCGCUCUGGUGUUGAGCUUCAUUUAUAAGGAGAAGAUCAAUGGAGAAUUGGAAGUUUCCAUGAAUCAAACUUUCGGAAAGUACGACGGACAGAACGUGGAGUCCAUCGCUGUUGACAACUUGCAGAAGCAGUUGCAGUGUUGUGGAGUCAAAAACUACACCAGCUGGAGCACUACUUCCUGGUUCAGCACCCACAACAGCACAGUUCCUCUGACCUGCUGCAAGAGCAACAGCACAGGCUGCACAGGACAACUGGAUCAGUUGGACCUGCUCAACCUUGAGGGCUGCGAGACCAAACUGGAGAGGCUGCUGCAGGACGUGCUGGGAUAUGCCAUGCUGGUCAUCCUGGGAUUCGCCAUCAUCAAGUUCUUCGGGAUGUUGAGCGUCUGCAUCAUCACCUGUAACGGCAACGGCCGGAGGACCGGAUACCAGCCGCUCUACGCCUAAAGCUUCCUCUUCAAACCCCACAUAAACUUGUCACUCAGGCGGGGUUUGUUGGCCACUGUUGCUGACCAGCUUGUUUUUAUUUAAAUUUACGGUACAUUCUCUUAGCGCACCAGAGUCCUUCCUCUUUUAUCAAUUGUUAAGAAAUUCUGAAGAAAAUUUCUACUUUCAGUAACUUAGGUUUAAAUGAUGAUUCUGCCUUUGGAAAAUAAAUUGUACGUUGCUCAUCCAAGAUCACUGCUGUGGAGUGGAAAAAUAAUAGUCUGCAGACUUUUUCAUCGUAUUUAUGUCGACCUUCCUGACUUCUACUACUUCAAGUUUUGGUUGUUUUUAUUGUCUUUCUAAAUUAAAAGUGAAAUAUUUCACGACAACGUUGUUGCUGUCCAGUCAUGUCUUCGCAGAGAAAAUCUGUUUUAUCCAGUCAGAUCACUGGGCCGAAGAUUAUUUUGCUUUUUGCCACAGCACUUUAUUUUAGAUGGUACGUUUCGCUCGGGACACAACAAGAAAUGUGACCCGUGCUAUCUUCCGCUCACCACCUGACUCAGUGCUGAUAAGAAAGUCCACAGUGCUGUACAUAUGGUAAUCUUUUUGGGACUUCACCGGUGUCGUAAUGCAUUAUAAACACCAGGGUGUUAUUGUUCUAUGACAGGUCAACAACGCAUGGAACUUCCCUGGUUUUCACUCUGUUCUUAUCUCAGCUGUUGCCAAGUUGCCGAGGAGAGAGAAACACAUGCCUACCUUUGUGUGUGUUUGUGGCUGUGCUCCACGAUUGAAUUGUUUCACUCUUAGAGGUCAUGCAAGGAAGUUUUUGACUGUGCAACAAUAAACCUGUUGCACCGCUUCACCAGUGUUUGACUCUGUGUGACCCACAAUGUGCUGCUGUUCAGCCUGUUGGUCUUGUACUCCACCUUUUACACUCAAGUCCACCGUCCUAUUUGUUUGUGAGUGUACACGUUUUAGUUAAAAAUAAAGUACCUAUUGUGUUA